AUGUCGUUACAAGAUAGACUGUCAGCUCAAGACUCGCUCUCGUUGCUCACCACGGCAACUUCGUUAGCUCUGGUAACGGCUGGAAGCACUACUGGAUUUGGAUACAAUUUCCCUUUGAUGCUGUUUGGUAUAGUCGCACAUGAGAUGCAUAGCUCAACAGUCCCGUUCAGACAGUUCUUGAACUUGGUACUGUUCACAGCUAUAUUCGAUCUAUGGUCAUUACUGUCACAUAAAUUCUCAUUUUUCAUCUUACUAUUUUCCAUUCUUUUAUUCUUGAUCAAAAUUCCUUUAUUCUUCAGUUGUUUGACUUCACUAAGAGAAAGAGGGGGUGAUAUAUCUUUCGAUAUACCCAGAAACGUCUCGUUGCCUGGGGGAGGAAACUGGAACGUACCUGCUAUGCCUGGAGGCUUCAGUGCUCCCACAUCUGGAAACACCACUGGUCCCCAGUUACCCGGCGGCGGUAUUGCGAAUAACCAGCAAACUGCAAGCUUCCCUUCUUCAGGUGGAUUCAGAUUAGGUGGUGAAGACGAAGAAGAAUCUCAAGGAAAUCAACCUCCUGCUCCUGCUCCAGGUAGAAAUGGAUAUUCCACUAUCGCUUAG